GGGAAGUAGACGGGUUGUUUGUUAGCAACUGUCGCUGUGGUCGGUGUGUGAUGCUUUUAAAUCGACUGAGGGAUGUUUUCUCGCGCUGAUGAAACUGCUGCUGAUAUUCCCGUCAGAGACACAAAUGGAGGAGCUGCAUUACCAGACUCCCUGCUGUCUCAGAACAUCAGAGAGAGGCAGAACGUGUCCAAGUUGAGCCGGGAGGAGCUGGAGGACAAAUACUUGCGCCUGCAGGAUGAAAACCUCACGCUUAAACAGCACACAUGCAAACAGGAAGACAAGAUCCGCAGGAUGGCCACCAAGCUGAUCCGUCUGGUGAAGGACCGCAAGCAGCGUGAAGGAGGGCGAGAUGUGGAGAUGGAGGAGAUGAUGGAGGAGAUGCAGGAGAAGGUACAGGAGCUGGAGAAGCAGAACGAGGGCCUGAAGCGGCGUCUGCUGGCGGCCAAACAGCAGCUGCAGGUCCAGAGCCGCAGACACACUCCAUACGCACACAUACAGUCACGCAUCAACACAGGCCUGCGCAGAGUCCCAGACACACACACUCCGGUGACCAUCUCACGACCACACACUCCAAAAGCAGCACUCAGGCAUGUUGAGGGAGAAAUUAGUGCGAAGCCACCGCAGGGUUUGUUGCCACGUUAUGGACACAGCCUGCUGGACGAGGCCCGCGCUGAAAUCCGCAACCUGGAGAAUGUGAUCGAGAGCCAGCAGAUGCAGAUGGAGGAGCUGGAGAGAUCAGCAGAGAUGAUGAGAGAUCAGCUGAAGAGGAGAGACCGAGAGUUUGAGGAGUCGCUGCUGCAGGUCCGAGAACAGCAGGCCAGCGGACAGAGGUUGACAAUAAAGGAUAACGUGGAGAUGAUCAAACUACAGAAGCUGUUGUCAGAGAAGGCAAACACACUCACAGUGCUGGAGGGGAGAUUUCUGCAGCAGCAGGAGAGCAUGAAGACUCUGAAGGCCAGUCAUGAUGCUGCGCUGCUGAAGGUGGAGGACGGGAACCGGCAGCUGAAGGAGGAGAGACUGAAGAGUUUACAGCUGGAGACACAGAUCACCAGCCGAGCCCUGGAGCACAGACACCUGCUGGAGUUACAAGAGAGAAUCCAGGAUUUGGAGAAAGAGAGAGACUUGCUUAAAGAAAACUGUGAUAAACUAGUGAAAAGUGCGUUUGAUGUGAGUCAGGAGCAGAAAUGGAGAACCAGAGAACAGCAGCUCAAACUGCAGGUCGCUCAGCUGGAGACGGCAUUAAAGUCUGACCUCGCUGAUAAAAACCAGAUCCUGGAUAAGAUCAAGGCCGAGAGAGAUGCAAAUGAAAACCUGACGCAAGAAAACAAGCAACUUCAGCUGCGCUACCUCGAGCAGAAACAGCAACUGGAGGAAAUUAAAGAUCGCAUGAAGUUCUUCACCAAGGAAAGUGAAAUCGAUGCGGCUGAGCUCAGCGAAGCCCUGAUGCUUAUCAAGGUCCGUCGUAGUCAGAAGAGCGGUGAGCUUGGAUUCCUGGAGAAGGUGGAGGAAGAUGUGAAGGUGGACGUGGAGCGAUCUUUAAAGGAACUGCAGGCCACUCAUGCGGAGACAUUUCAAGAGCUGGAGAAGACCAGGAACAUGCUCAUCAUCCAGCACAAGAUCAAUAAAGACUACCAGGCUGAAGUUGAAGCAGUCAAUCGUAUGAUGGAUGAUCUGAAACUGGAGUAUGAAUUAAAGUCAGAGAAGUUGGCUCAGCUUCUGGACAUGAGAGCUGCCAAGAUAAGAAAACUUGAAGCCCAGCUGAAAGACAUUGCAUACGGGACCAAGACCCAUGUUUUCAGGCCAGAUGAAACCAGUGAUGAUGUUACAGAUGAAUUCGAAGGAACCGUCCAACUGGCCCGAGGCGAGAACCUUCUGGAAAUCCACUUGGGGAAAGGACAGUUUUCACCUGAAGCUGUAGAAAGUUUAAAGGACAAAGACCCGUCCACCUUCUGCACAUACGCUUUCUACGACUUUGAGCUUCAGUCCACACCUGUGGUUCAUGGUGGACAUCCAGACUACAGCUUCUCGUCUCAGUAUCUUGUGAGAGUGGAUGAUCUCUUCUUGAAUUAUCUUCACACCAGCUCUGUUACGGUGGAAAUUCAGCUUGCCGAGGGAUUGAGUUUCCGCACUGUGGCCGCUGGUCAGAUCCGGUUAAAUCAACUUCUGGAGCGAGAUGGCAAGGUGUUUAGCACCAUUCAGUUAGUUGGUGUUUCAGAUGAGAUCCAAGUGUUUGGUACUCUUGAAUACUGGCUCAAACUGAAGGUUCCUAUGGAUCAAGCCAUUCGCCUUUACAAGGAGAGAGUCAAAGCACUUGGUUUCCUCAACACAAGCCUGAGCGAUAGCAAGGCUUUAUCAGUUCCUGCUCCUAGUUCCUCAUCACUGAUAAAUGGAGAUCUAAAUGAACUGAGCAUCAGCAUACACUUCUGCUGUAACCUCAAACCUAAAGGUCCUCACACCCAACCCAGUCCCUACAUCAUUUACAAACUCUAUGACUUUCCUGACCACGAUACACCAAUAAUAGCCUGCACUACGGAGCCUCAGUUUGAGGAUCACAUGGUCUUCCCGAUGGCCAUGAACUCCAACCUUGAUGCCUUUUUGAGAUCAGAGGCUCUGGUGGUUUAUGUGUUUGAUGAUUUAGAUGUUGAGAACCAGCUGUAUUUGGGGAAGGCCAGAGUACCACUCGUCUCGCUGGCACAUGAUAAAACCAUCACCGGUUUAUUUGAGCUGACAGACCCUGCAGGACUUCCCAGCGGCCAAAUAAAUGUGACGUUAAAAUGGUUGUUUACGUACCUUCCUCCAUCAUCCACUGUUUUCAGCACACAACAGACUCCGGAGAGACAAACUUCACAUGAAAAGGAGAAAAUAGAGACAGAAACACAAAUGAAGACAGUAGAGCUUCAGCCAUCGCUCUCUGAGACUCCAAUGCCCAGACCCAGACAGAGAACACUACCGAAAUCAACUAUGAAAAGGGUUUCUUUUGUGGACGUCACAGAGCUUGAAAAGCAGAUGGAGCAACACACACCCACUGAGGAAGAUGAUGACGAUGAUGAAGAGCAGAGGGCAUCUGUAACUCCUGCAUCAAAGACUGUGAUCAGACUGGAUGCAGGAUCAUCUUCAGCGGUCAGUGAGGAAGAGGAGGAUGAGGAAGAGUCUCAGUUUUCUGAAGGUCAGCUGAUCACCGGCAGCUCUCAGUCUGAGGAGUCCGAGAUCUCAGAGCAGCUGCAGCCCGACGCACAGGCUGAGGAUGAAGAAGAUGAUGAUGAUGAUAGUGAUGAUUGCAUCGUUCCUGCUCACAGCACACAGCAGAAAAAACAGCCGUCCGAGUGCAUUCGUGUGGAGAUUGUUUCUCUGAGUCUGAAGCCGGGCUCCAGGGUGGCGGAGGAGAGUAGCGACAGCCGAAUCCGCUUGUUCGUGGAGUACGCUUUUCUGGGCCUGCAGUCGGUCGAGACCCCGCUGUCACUAAAACCUCUGCCGGGACGCAGCGUCUCCUACAACUUCACCAACGGUGAUCUCGCGCCAAAGGGCCGAACGCGCCUCAACUAUGUCACCAGCCGGUGCAUGAGUGCCCACGGUUUGCGUUAUUACAGCACUCAUGACGGCUACGUGCGUGAAUAA